AUGGGCUCCCUGCUCAGCCGGCGCAUCGCGGGCGUGGAGGACAUCGACAUCCAGGCCAACUCGGCCUACCGCUACCCGCCCAAGUCCGGAAACUACUUUGCAAGUCACUUCUUUAUGGGAGGCGAGAAGUUUGACACCCCUCACCCCGAGGGCUACCUUUUUGGCGAGAACAUGGAUCUAAACUUCCUCGGGAAUAGACCUGUUCAGUUCCCCUAUGUAACUCCAGCUCCACAUGAGCCAGUGAAGACACUGAGAAGUUUGGUGAAUAUCCGCAAAGACUCUCUCCGACUUGUGAGGUAUAAAGAUGAUGUUGACAGUCCUACUGAGGAGAAUGGGAAGCAGAAAGUCCUGUACAGCCUGGAGUUCACGUUUGAUGCGGAUGCCCGUGUUGCCAUCACGAUCUACUGCCAGGCUACGGAAGAGUUUGUUGGUGGCAUGGCGGUAUACAGCACAAAGAAUCCCUCUCUGCAGUCCGAGACGGUUCAUUACAAGAGAGGGGUAAGCCAGCAAUUCUCCCUGCCUUCCUUCAAGAUUGAUUUCUCAGACUGGAAGGAUGAUGAGCUGAACUUUGACUUGGAUCGUGGCGUGUUCCCUGUGGUCAUCCGAGCGGUGGUGGAUGAAGGGGAUGUGGUGGUUGAGGUGACGGGUCAUGCCCAUGUUCUUCUGGCUGCAUUUGAAAAGCAUGUUGAUGGCAGUUUUUCCGUGAAGCCGUUAAAACAGAAGCAGAUCGUUGACCGGGUGAGCUAUCUGCUUCAGGAGAUCUAUGGCAUCGAGAACAAAAACAACCAAGAGACCAAGCCUUCAGAUGACGAGAACAGUGACAACAGCAACGAGUGUGUGGUUUGCCUGUCAGACCUCCGUGACACCCUCAUUCUGCCCUGCAGGCACCUCUGUCUGUGCAAUUCCUGCGCUGACACCCUGCGCUACCAGGCCAACAACUGCCCCAUCUGCAGGCUGCCCUUCCGUGCCCUGCUGCAGAUCCGAGCUGUGAGGAAGAAGCCGGGGGCUCUGUCGCCAGUGUCGUUCAGCCCUGUCUUGGCACAGAGCGUUGACCAUGACGAGCACUCUUGUCCCUUUAAACCCCUUAAAGUGAGCACUGUCUCCCUGCCCAGCAGGAAACCUAGAAGGGAAACAAGCUCUGACAACAUCCCUCCAGGCUACGAGCCCAUUUCCUUGCUGGAAGCGCUGAAUGGCCUUCGCUCUGUUUCCCCCUCCAUCCCCUCAGCUCCUCUGUACGAUGAAAUCAACUACUCUGGCGUGGUGGAUGGAAUGCCACCUGCGAGCCGACCGCUUGUUGGGAUGGACAGAGCCGUGGAGAACAGCCACCAAAAGGGCAAGCGGAGCAAGUCUCCAGAUAGCACACUACGGUCUCCCUCGUCCCCGAUCCACGAGGAGGAUGAAGAGAAGCUUUCUGAGGACUCUGACUCACAGCCAGCACUUAGCGGGGGUGAGCUGGUCCUGAGAGAGACCAGCUCUCCAGAAAGUGUGGCAGGAGAAGAGAUCGAGGAGGCCUCGUCCCUGCAGCAGGGUAGCCACCCACCCUCCGUCGAGGACGUCCUGCAGGACGGCAGCUGCGGCGAGCACAGGAGCCUGACGCAGUCGGAGAGUGACCCUCCGGUAGAUGUCUACCUGCCAGGCUCGUCCGACUUCACCAAGACGCUCCCCGGCCGCGGCACCGGCAGCCCCACGCAGCCCCUUCUCUUCGAGCAGACGCGUCUUCAGCUGGAGGACGAGUAGAGCCUCUCGUGAGCGGGGCCGGACCUCCCUGCCCUUGCCGCCAGACCCCACGCACAGCCUCUCCCCUCUCCGCAGCGGGGCUGGCCCGUGCUCACCGCCCCGACGAUGCAGCGUGGCGCGUUUACACCGGCACGCUUUCGGCACAACCCGGCUGGCUUACCU